AUGUCCAAGUACGAGGACGAAUACGACAUGUCUGAUAGGUACGAGAUGGACCAGCAUAUGCUGGCCGCCGGUCGCCACGAGAAUUUGGCUCCCGAGCAAGAGGGUCUCAAGCGUGACCUCCGUCUCCGCCACAUGAUCAUGAUCGCCAUCUCUGGUACCAUCGGUACCGGUCUCUUCUUGACCUCCGGUGCAACCAUUGCCACUGCCGGUCCCGGUGGUGCUCUUCUCGCCUAUGUCAUCAUCGGUCUCUGGCUAGUCUUUGUCUGUCAGGCUAUCGGUGAAGUCGCUACCCUCUUGCCCCUCCCUGGUGCCUUCAACGCCUGGGGUGGUCGUGUCUUUGAUGAGGCCCUCUCCUUCCAAAUGACUUACAUGUAUUUCAUCUACUGGGCUUUGACCAUCCCUGCUGAGUUGUCUGCUUCUGCUGUUAUUAUCGAGUUCUGGAUUGGCAAGGAUUCGUCUUUCCCUUCCUGGGUCGUCCCCCUUAUCAUUAUCGUCUUGAUGGUCUUCAUCAACAUGGCCGGUGUCAAGACCUACGGAGAGCUCGAGUACUGGUUCUCUAUCCUCAAGGUUCUCACCAUUAUCAUCUUCAUCAUCUGCGGUAUCCUUGUUGAUGCUGGCGCCAUCGGUGGCACCACCUACGGUUUCUCCAACUGGCACAUCGAGGGGGCUCCCUUCAAGGGCGGUUUCAUGGGCUUCAUUGCUACCUUGGUCACUGUCGGAUAUUCCUAUGGUGGAUCCGAGAUGACUGGUGUCACUGCUGCCGAGUCCCGCAACCCCCACAAGCACGUCCCUAAGGCCGUCAACACCGUCUUGAUUCGUAUUGCCUUUUUUUACCUUAUUUCGAUCUUCUUGCUCGGCUCGAUCGUCGCCAACAACGACCCCCUGUUGAUCAACGCUGACGGAUCUGCUGCCCAUGCUCCUUUCACCAUUGUCUUUGUCAAGGCCGGUUUGAAAGGCGCUGCCAACUACAUGAAUGCCGUCGUUUUCACUUCUGUCUUCUCGGCCAUCAACUCUGACUACUACGUCGCCACCCGCAUGCUGUUGUCCCUCUCCCGUAACGGUUGGGCCCACAAGAGAAUCGGUUACACCAACUCGCGCGGUGUCCCAGUCGUCGCUCUCGGCAUCGUCACUUUCUGCUCGUGCUUGUCGUUGAUCACCAUCUUCGUCGGCUCCGGUGUCGUCUUCCAGUGGUUCGUCUCCAUCAUCGGCUCCAUCAUCUUCCAGUCCUGGAUCUUGAUCUUGUUCCUCCACUUCCGCUUCCGUUACUGCUGGAAGGCUCAGGGCCGUGCUGUCGGCGAACUCCCUUACGUCUCCUGGGGCUACCCUUACGGUAACAUCUUGGCCACCAUUAUCGGCUGCUGCUGCAUUAUUGCCACUUGGUACUUGUCGAUCAUCAACCCCCCUCAUCACCCCGGUGCUGAUGCCUCGGAGGACAUGUUGGCCACCUACCAUGAGGAGCGCGAUGCGUAUAUCCAGGGUCUUUUGGGCGCCUGGUUCCCCUGGGUCAUGUCCGCCAUCUUGUUCUUCUCAUACAAGUUCACGCGUGGUACCAAGUUGAUCAAGGCUGAGGAUGCCGAUCUCGACACUGGUCGCUUUGUCCCCUCCGAGUCUGACAAGGAGGACUUGAAGCCCCACGGCCCUGCCUGGAAGCGUGUCCUCAAGAUGUUUGUCUAA